AUGUUGCCGGACCGACGCCAGCUCGUGUCGGGCGCCGCCGUCUGCGCGUCUCUCGUGGUCGGGUCUCCGCUCCAGCCGGCCUAUCGCCAACCCUUCCCUUACUUGUACCCUCCGUCGUACAGCCACCACCCCCUGCCUCGGCCCGCUCCUCCCCCGUCCCGCCCGUACCUCCCCGCCCCCCCGAUGCCCCACACCCACUACCCGUCCCCCGGUCUGGGUUUGACGUACUCCGCGCCGUACUCCUCGCAGCCGCACCUGUACUCGCACCUCCCGGCCCGGCCCGUGUCCCCGCCGGUGUACCCCACUCCGUACUAUCCUCGCGCUCAACUGUACCGGUCUCCCCAGAGGAGCUCCCGCCACCCCCCGGGAUUCACGCCGGAGCCCCGGGAGAGCGUCCCGCCCCCCGACGACCCUUCGCCGGGGAGGCCGUGGCUCCCCCGGAACAGAGUGUGA